AUGCUGCCGCUGCUUCAGGUGUCUGUGACCUCUCCCGCCACUUUUGGCACCUUUGACGUUGAUGUGUAUCAGUCGUCGUCGACCAGUGGUGGCACGGUCGAUGUCUCAUGUCCGGAUGGUCUGGCUGUCUUUGAUUGCCUCGCUACCACCACCUCGGGCUCGCUAACGCCCGAUGGCAAUGAGGCCUUUUUGGGUGCUUUCCAUGCAGAGACGGUGGGUACUUGCAGGCUCGUCGCAACGUCGGCGACUCUCCAGUAUGCGCUGGCGUAUUGCUACAACGCUACCGAGCGUGGAACUGGCGCUACCAUCUGGCGAAGCCACACAAGUCCUCAAACGACGGCUUCGUCGUGGUCUUGCCCGGCCGGCAGCCGCAUUGUCGCCUGCCGCUGUUUCUCGUCGGGGGGCGACUGCCCUCCCCUUGCCUUGCAAAAUGCGACGAUUGUCGGAAACGGCUGCGUUCACGCUGCGCCGGGCGGUGUGGUGGCCCUUCCAAUUUGCAUUUCGGGCUCGGCGUGCCAGUUUGACGCCGCCCGGGCCGCAUCGAGCUCACCGGCGUCGUGCCCGGCGAACUCGUUCUGCCUCCCAGACCCGUCGGCGUGGUACACUCACGCGACAUGCGUGGCCAGCCCGGGGUAUGUGGCAGUCGAGGAUCCCAUUGGAACGAUCACGUACCAGCCGGCGUACAUGCCGAUGGCACCCGGCGUCAGCGGCGCUGACGGCGCGGUCAUCUCCUCGCGCGACCUUGUUGUGGCUGCCAGCCAGCGCGUCAAGGCCCAUAUCAUUCAAGUCGCUGACCUCGACAACGACGGCGAUGACGACAUGAUCUGGUGCAGGGACGACGGCGUAGGCAUGCCCGAGGUGAUGCGCAACAUCGGGACCUCACCAGCCGGUGGCUCCGACAUGGUGGCCGAGUUUGGCUCGGUGUACGGCACUGCCCCCGGCGAUGGCAUCGACCUCAUCAAGUUUUACGACGGAAACCAGGAUGGCUACCCGGACAUGUACAUUGCGGCUGCAGUCGACACGCCGUACAUUUCUGUGGUGGCCUCACAGGUUCGCGACGGCGUCGGCGGCUACUUUGACUUUGACACUAUCACUCCCGUCCACACGACAACGGACAUGUCGGUCUACUCGCCUGCACGAUUUAGCAUGUUGUUGGUCACCGACUUUAACAACGACAAUCUCGCCGACGCCGUUGCCUCAGGCCGCCACAUUCCGGUUGUCCUGCUGUUUUCCGGGACAAGCACCUGGGGCAUGAGCAGCCCUACCAUCAUUUUUGACAUGCGGGGCGUGGGCAGCAAUGGCCUCGAGCAAGGCCUGGUUGUCGACCUCAACGCCGAUGGCUGCCUCGACAUUGUUGCUGCUACCCUUGCAAGUGGAUAUGGCGGAGGCAUGUGGAUGCGUGGACACUGCGGAAGCUUUGACAACGGAACAGCGCUACCGGGUGAAAACUACGGGAGCGGUAUCUCUGUUGCCGAUUUUAACGGCGACGGAGUACUCGACGUUGUCGGCGGCACUGUUGAGGUUCGGUUCGGGCGCGGCGCGGCCGCGAGUGGACUGGACGACAUCAUACAAGCCGGACCACAUUCCCGCUACAAGAUCGAGGACGACAGUUGUCGCAACCUCGGCUCACUCGACUGGGACUCCGACGGCGAUGUUGACAUCAUUUGCCUCGACCGUUCCGGGUCGCGGAACGCCAUCUCGCUCUUCCUCAACAACGGUGAUGGCACCUUUGCACCGAGCUACGCCCUGUUUCCGGGCUACCUCACCGAGUCUUCCAGUUCCUUUUUCUACGCUCUUCGAAUCUCGGUUGUCACAGGGCCUGGGCGCGCGCCUGUGGCUUUUGUUGACAACAUUUACGGCGGCUCCAAGCCUGUUCUGAUGCUGGUGCCGGCUGGCGCCCCGGCCGCCAGCCGGGGCAUGACAAGUUACCCCGGGGCGCCGAUAAGUCAGCCGCUGCUGAGCUCGACCACGCUGCGGUUCAUCGGACCAGCGGCAGUGGCCACGUCGACAGUUGCGGCCGACGUUGCUAUUGCUGACUUUAACGGCGACGGCAACCAGGACGUGGCGAUGCUUGGCCACCCGGGCUACUUGGCGCUGGCAGACAGCGCCGGCUCGGGCACUUUCUUCUCGCGCGGUACCGUUCCCCAGCAGUGGAGCGAAUCCAACUUUGGUGAGACGUGCGACAUUGAUGCCGACGGCGACGUUGACAUUGUUGUUGCAGUUGAGACCGGCGGCGUCAAGCGUGUUGUCAUCAUGGUCAAUGACCUCAACGGUCUCUCGGGAGAGUUCUCCAACGUGACACUUCCGAGCAAGUGCGACGCCAUUUUCGCAUGGUGCAUCGAUCUCGAGUCGGACGGCGACAACGACGUGGUGUACGGUUGCGAGCCGCAGGGCUUUGGCGUUGUUGUCAACAUCGGAAGCUCGGCUGCGCCGGUGUGGAGCGGGCCGGACAUGCCGCUGCUGCAUGGCGACACGACCUUCAAGUACGCGGCUGUCGGGGAUGUGACUCGCGACGGACUCGCUGACGUGGCCUACUCUGAUCGCAUGACGGGCUCAGAGCGGGUGGUGGUGAUGGCCGGGACCGGGCCGCCGCUGUACAACUUUACCUCUGUCCACAUUGCUAUUGUCGCUCCGCAGGUCCCGACCUUUAUCCGAAUCGAGGACAUGGACAUGGACGGACUCCUGGAUGUGGUGUGGGUGGCAUCCGGUGGCGGUGCCUCGGUCCAGACGAUGCUUGCCACGCCGACAGCUGGGAGCUUCGGGCCGGUCAUUUCGGCAUCAUCGUCGGUCAAUUACUCUCCGUACGCCUUUGAAGUGACGACGGCCGGCGAGUACGGUUAUGGAGGGCGGAUGGUGGUCCACUCGACGGGCGGUGUGGUCCGCACGCACUACCCGAUUGUGGUGACGCCGUUUGCCAACGGCACCUUUGGCGUGCCGCGGAUUGUCGACUCUGUCCCGAGCCACGGGCACAUGCUAACGCUUGCAGAUCUCGACGGUGACGGUGUGCGAGACUUGCUCUUCUUCAGGUCACAAAACACGCCAGUGCUUUGGACAAAGGUGCAUACCAUCGCUCCACCACCGCCACCGCCGCCGCCACCGUCGCCGCCACCGCCGCCGUCGCCGCCACCACCGCCGCCGCCGCCCGAGGCUGCGCUCCCAUCGCCGCCGCCUCCGCCCGCAUUGGGCGAGACCAAGGAUUCGGCGGCAAGCGUGCUCUCGUCCGACUCUGCGGCGUCCUCUCCGGGCAUGGCCUUUGUGUAUGCACUGGUCGUUCUUGUCAUUGCCACCGUUAUGUUCAUGAGCACGACCCGGCGCCGGGCUGCGUCCAAAUAUCGCCGGACGCCGGACGAGUGGCUGGGGCUCGAUGUCGACCAGUUUCUGCUCCACAGCCACUCGCUCUUUGGCGCGUUUGUGGUGAGCGAGGCCGAGGCUGCGGUCUUCUCGCGACAGGGCCGUGCGCUGUGCGGGGCGUUCAAGUUGUUCAUCGUGUACACGACGGUGGCCAUCAUGCCGUUCCUCAACCCAGAGGCGUUUGACUCUGACGCGAGCACGAUCGACGUCAAUCGAGUCUUGCAGAUGCUCCUCGUCUCGCUCCUCUCGCAUGGUGUGGCGUUUGUCUUUGGCCUGCCGUUCAUCAAGAAGCUGCUCCAGUCGUCGUCGACGGCGGUGAGCAAGAGUGCAGCGCUGAUCAUUGGAUGCAUUUCGCUCUUUAUCCUCGCCUGUGUCAACGCCAUCAUCACGAUUGUCCCGAUGUGGCUUGACGGGUUCGACGUCAACAUGGGCGCCAUGGCCACGCUCUACGGAAUGUCGGUCUUUACAUCGUUCAUCGUGGUCGAGCCGGCGCUCGCGCUCCUCUUCUACUUUGCGUUCCAUUGGAAUGCCGUCCAUGUGGCGUACGGUGGCAACGGAGGCGGAGUUGGCCGGAACAGUGCCGCCAUCGAGCCGGCACACACCAAGCGUUCUCGUAGCCGCAGCCGCAGCAGCGGCCCGCACAGCGAGAGCGGUAGCGGGAGUGGCCCAAGUGCAGCAGCGGACGCCGAUUCUGAUGCCGUCUCGGCUCAUUGCGACAAAUCGGGCGGCUCCGAGUCGGGCGUCGAGAUGGCUUAGGCGACCAUAAACUGGCAUUCUGCCA